GGGUGUGUGUUAUACCUUGGACACAGAGCCUUCAGGCUCCUGGGGUGCCCACAUCCCUCACCUCCACGAGGUGGUUGCAGUGAGGGCACAGGAGGAUGUGUAGCCAGCUGUGACAAUGGCAUCUGUGCAGGCAGCACCAUCUUGCUAUGCUGCAAGUCCCCUGCUUCAGCCUAUCCUCCCAGACCACCGCUGCAGGAGACAGGAGGGGAGACUGUGUCCCUCCAGCUCCUGAGGCUGCCCCACCACGGAGCAGCCCCUGUUCCCCCUCACCCUACCUAGCUGGGGGAGCCUCAGGUUGACUAUGCUGAGCAGGACCAAGUAGGUGAGAGCCAGGAGGAAGAGGAUGGUGGUGGAGCUGGGGACCAGCAGUGCGAUGUGCAGAGCCAGCCAGCUGCACCUGCAAGUAGAGGGACAGGGAGGAUGGGGCUGGGGUCAGGCCCUGGGGCUGCCACGGGGUAGGUGGCGAUCGGAGAGAGAGCCUUGGGGUGCUCAGCCACAGGGACUGCUGGAGCUGGACGGCACAGGGGGAAAGAGAACACAGAUCCAGGCUAUUUGAGCUGAUGCCUGGUUCUAACAUCUCGGUGAUGCUGCUGUGGAACACCAGCUCUGCUGCCUCAUAUCUCCGGGAUGGGGCUUGGCCCGUGGCUAUGUGGUCACUUAUGAGAAGGAGACCAGCAAGCCUGGGUAGAUUAAAGGGCUGAAAUGAAGGGGGAUGAGAAGGCCCAUGGUGGGCUGGGCAGCUGCAAGGCCCUGGCCUCACAGGUUGGAUGGCAUCCUGCUCUCAUGGCACCCACAGAGCAAUAAAUCCCCUUAUUCCAUUCCUGUGGCAAGCACAGUAUCCCCUCUUCUCCCCCACCCAUCCCAUUCCCAUGACAACAGCAGCAUCCUGCUCCCACCUCAGCAGCAUUCUGGGGACCCUUUUAGGGUGCCAGUUUUACUCUGGCUUCAGCAGGACCCCACUGCCAGAGGGACAAAGGGUGGAGUCUCUAAGGUCCUUGGGGAUGCAGUAGAAACCAGUGCUCAUUUUCCUCGGGGUUCUGGGAGGACACCAGGAGCAAUGGGCAUUUCUGGGACCCAUGAGGAUGCUGGGAUCCAUGUAGGUCAAGGAUACACUGCUCCCCUUGCCUAAUGCCCAGCUCUCCACUCAAUGUUCCUGCCCCCCCCAGGCCUAGGCUGUGCUUCUGGUGCUGAGCCUCCCUGCCCUCUAGCGUCAGAGGAGCCACUUCCCUGGGCUGCUGGGAGCUGAGCCCUAGCAAACUCCUCACACAGCCUGCACAACCAUGGCAAGCUUCCCAGGGCCCCGCAGCAUCACCUCCCACCCGGCCAUUGCUGCUGAGGGGACACGAGGAUGUGUCCUGGACCCUUCACGGCACCAUGGGGACAAGACCAUCUCUGGUCCGGCCAAGGGGACUGCCUCACCCCAGCACAGGUGCUCUGCUCUCUAAGAUGUGGGUGAUGACCGCCUCCCCCAGCACCCUGGGUCAAUAACCUGCUGGCCAAGGCGCUUGCGGAGCUGUGACGGUGUAGGGGCACGCCAAUGGCUGCCUGCAGUGGCGGGAGAGGGAGGGGAGCGCCGGAGGCUGCUGGUUAAACUGGAACUCCUCGCAGUCCCUGCCCUGGGGACUCUGAACCCGUAGGCUGGAGAGAGGAGCCAAGGCAGGCGGUGCCAAGCAGCCCUGCAGCUGCUGGGAAGGAGCCAGGGAGGAACAGAGCAGGAUGGAUCCCACUAUGGAGUUGGCAGAAGACCCCAGGUUCCCCCGCCCACUGGUGGAGAUGCUGAUCAGGAACUUCAGCGUGCCAGCAGCCUGCUUCUCCCUGCCACCCACCUCCCGGCAGCUGCUCCAGUACCUGGACAUGGCCCAACUCACCAUCAUGGGCCUUGCCACCAUCAUGACAUUGCUGUCAGUCACAAUCUUUGUGGAAGAAGCUUUCUACCUCACCCGUAAGAUUCGCUGCCCCAUCAAGAUGAAGACUCUCUGCUGGAGUAGCUCAGCCCCUGUGGUUGUGUCUGUAAUCAGCUGUUUUGGGCUGUGGAUCCCACGCUCCAUGAUGGUGGUGGAGAUGGCUACCACAGCGUACUUUGCCAUCUGUUUCUACCUCCUGAUGCUGGUCAUGGUGGAGGGCUUUGGCGGGAAGGAAGCAGUGCUCAGCACCUUGAAGGAUGUGCCCAUGGUGAUCAGCACUGGGCCCUGCUGUUGCUGCUGCCCCUGCCUGCCCCGGAUCACCAUGAGCAAGAAAAAGCUUCAUCUGCUGAUGCUGGGGACUUUCCAGUAUUCCUUCUUCCGAGUGGUUGCCGUCUUCCUGGGGCUGGUCCUGGCCACUGAUGGGAACUACAACCCUGCUGACAUCUCAGCAGAGAGCGUGGCCCUCUGGAUCAACACACUGGCUGGUGCCUCCACUGUCUUCGGGCUGUGGUCCCUGGGCAUCCUCUUCCGACAGGCCCGGCUGCACUUAACUGAGCAGAAUAUCAAAGCCAAGUUUGCCUGCUUCCAGGUCCUCCUCAUCCUGACGGCACUGCAACCUGCUAUCUUCAGCAUCCUGGCCAACAAUGGCAGCAUCGCUUGCUCACCGCCCUUCUCCUCCAAGGCCAGGUCACAGCAGAUGAACAUGCAGCUGCUGAUCCCUCAGACCUUCAUCUUGGUGGUGGUGACGCGGAUAUACUACCGCAAACAGGACGACAAGCCAGGUUACCAGCCUGUUAGCUUUGGACCUGCAGGCACUGACGUCAAGGUGUGAGCAGAAGGAAGCAAAGAGGCUGCCGAGGGGCAGAGUGAGAUUGGGUGACUGGUCUGCCUUGUACAACCAUCUCCUCUGGCCCUGUGGAACUGCUGGCAGCAGAGGAGGCAGAGGGUGAAAGGGUGCCUCAGUGUGGGGUGAAAUGUUCUGAACCCUGAAGGCCACAAGGCAAAAGGAUCUGUGAAGCCACCUCCAGUCCAGGCGGCUCUUAUUUGUCACUGAAUAAAGAUUA